AUGGACCCCAGCUACAAGGCUCGCAAAGAGGCCUUCGUGUCUGAUCUUGCUGGUGGUAGCAUUCUUGAGAUCAAUGCUGUCACAUUAGUCGCACCUGCCGCUGCUCUCUUAUGGUCAGCGCUACAAUCACGCCUUUCCUUCUUCACUCCUUACAGCUCAGCAGCACUGGUGACCGACUUUCUGCUCAAUGUACUGGCCAUUCUGUUUGCCACGACUGUCUACUCCUCUGCGCCAUGGACGCUGAACGUCCUGCUGAUCGCCCCCGCCCUCCUGCUGUUUCUCAACUCGAGACCUCCCCGCAGCCAGCAAAAGGCUAAACCUCCACCGAAACCGACCCAAAGCGAUAGGAAUGCAGCGGACAUGCCCGAAUCCUUACCAAUUCACCCAUUUCUGACAACAUAUCGUGCAGCCAUGAUGAUCAUUACCUGUGUAGCCAUCUUGGCGGUGGACUUCCAGGCGUUCCCACGGCGGUUUGCAAAGGUGGAAAAUUGGGGCACGUCACUCAUGGAUCUGGGUGUGGGAUCUUUCGUGUUCUCCGGCGGGGUAGUAUCUGCUCGCUCUGUGCUUAAGGGCCGAAGCAAUGGUGCUCGGAAGACUCCGGUAGGCCAGCGGCUGAUAGCUUCCACGCGGCACUCGGUCCCUCUACUUAUCUUGGGUUUGGUCAGGCUGUACAGCGUGAAGGGGUUGGACUAUGCGGAGCAUGUGACGGAAUAUGGCGUGCAUUGGAACUUCUUUUUCACCCUGGGUCUUUUGCCACCCUUCGUGGAGCUCUUUGACAGCCUGGCUGCCAUUGUUCCCUCCUAUGAAGCUCUUUCGCUGGCAGUUGCUGUGUUGUAUCAAGUCGCCCUGGAGUCGACUGAAUUAAAGAGCUAUAUCCUUGUUUCCCCUCGCGGACCAAGUUUGCUCUCCAAAAACCGGGAAGGCGUGUUUUCGUUCCUGGGAUACUUUGCGAUUUUCCUGGCUGGCCGUGCCACUGGCAUUCGGAUCAUUCCUCGCGGCACCACUGCCCAACGGUCCCCCCAGCAGGCGAGAAGAGGUGUGCUGGUGACUCUGGGUGUCCAAGCGCUCGCCUGGUCUGCGAUCUUCAUUCUGAAUUCUACCUAUGCACUAGGCCAUGGCGCCAACAUUCCGGUCUCGCGCCGACUUGCUAACAUGCCGUAUGUUGUUUGGGUAUCUGCCUUCAACAAUGCUCAACUGUUUCUUUUUUGUCUUCUGGAGACAGUUUUCUUCCCAUCUGUGCAUCGGACAUCCGGGAAGGACGGUGAGGCCGAUCGGGUGGCUUUUGCGACAAGCCGGAUUUUGAAGGCAUUCAAUCGCGGCGGACUGGCUAUCUUCCUGGUUGCCAACUUGCUCACCGGGGCUGUCAAUCUGAGCGUCCCGACACUGGAUGUCAGUACGGCCCAGGCGAUGGCAAUCCUCAUCGCAUACGCCGCGGCGCUCACAGGCGUAGCACUAGGAUUGGAUCGGGCCAACAUCAAGUUGGCAAUUUGA